UGACCCUCUCUAACUCAUGUACACACACAUGUGUAACUGAAGCUGGAUGGCUGGAGCACGAGGUGACAUCAAAGUCAGCGCUAAAAUCGUUAGAUACCCGCUCAAAUUCCCGGCGAAUUGUUAUAAUGUAAAGUGAUAGGCGAAUCAUUUCAGUGCCUUCUUGGAAAGAAUGAAGAUGGUAGAAAACAUGAUGGAAUUUCCAUUGGGAUAUCGUGAAGUUGUGCCGGAUCAAACUUUACCAGAAAAAUGGAAAGAAAUUAUUCUGAACACAGGUGGAAGUCAGAGUACGUUACAAGAUAUAAAAGUACCAGAGAGGGCAGGUGGCUACUCAUAUAAAGACUCUUCGAAAUAUUUUACUCGUAACCGAUUUAUUUAUUGGCGUAUUUGUCAUGAUGUGCUUGAACUGGUUGAACAUAGUCUAGACAUUAAUCUUGCCAAUUGUCGAGUGAGAUACAAAUUUACGGAUACUCCAAUCUUGGACGGAAUUUCCAUUCACGAGACAGUUAAUUCGGUCAUCAUUUUGAUCGUCACUGUUUCCAGUGUUCACAAACUUUCCUUUUCUCAUCCAGAUAAAAUUCAUAAACAAGAAAACUUGCUGGGUACUUAUACUGACCUCAAUGUACAGUCGAUAUUUGCUGAAGCUUCUGCACAAAGUGCCAGAGAUCCACAUACGUUUCAUAUUAUCUCAAAUGUUGGGACCACCAAUUCCCCAGUACCUCAUGCGGCGGCAUCGUGGCUCACAUUGCCGCAAGAAGAGGCAUUAUUUGCUCUUGCUUAUAGUUCAGCUACUAUAUUGCUCCUCAGACUCGAUACGCUCACGGGUCUUGUACAUGCCAGCGAAUUGAAGCAAGACUCGAUGGUACCUAGAUUCCUAAGCGGCAUAGCUACUGCCUUCAGAGGUCGCAACAUCGAGGCCCAAAUGGCUAUGUCUCUCAUUAUACACAGUUACGAGAGCGAUACGUAUCUAUUUGCGCUAUGUCGCGAGGGUAAUGUGCGUAUGUGGUCCUGUAACAAGACGCAGUGCAUAGCUGUGACGGAUGCGGCGAUUGAGAAUCGCAUUGUGUCGCAGAGCGCGCAAGGUCACAGUCUGAGAAAAGCGCUAGGCAACGACAACGAAUUGUAUCUCGGUACAUUCUUAAAAUUCAAUGCAGGAUGCGAGUUUAGCAUUCUGAAGCCUAUGCAGGAUAAUGGCAUCUUCAAGUUUGCUAGAUUGUGUACGUUGUACGCGCCUGAUCAACACCUGGUGGACUUUGCGUUCACACCCACUAGAUUGUGGGCAGUGUGGAGAACUACGGACAUGGACGCCAUGGCGGUGACACACGCGCAAUUGUCCUUAGACGGUGCGCGCGUUAAUUCCGAGUGGGAAACCGCGAUAUUGGAACAGACGCGCGACAGAGAUUACAUCGUGACUGAUCCCGGGACGGACCCGAGGCAAGCGUACAUCAACUAUAUUUUCCAUCCUGGACAAUUCUCACUGGCGGACAUCACGAAGGCACUGAGCAUCUACAGAAGAUCCAACGUAAUAGCAGAAAUGACUUUCUCGCCGGCUGUUCUAAAAGAGAGAGUGUGUAUGGCCGUGGAGGCCGAAAUGCAGGCAGAAGUAAUGGAUUACGUGAUCAUGGACGAGGAUUACCUGGAAAUUGCCAAUCGAUGUUGGUCAAAAUUUUACUCUUGCGUCGUUCAGUAUCAUGCCAAUGGCACUCGUCCCGUUGGUUUGCUACUCCUGCCGAGCGUUUACGGUGUUGUCUUGCUGAAGAAAUCGUCGUUCUCGCUUCUAAGACCUAUGGAAGCUUUGGAACACCUUGUACUUUGCAACGAGAGAUCCUACACAUCUCGUUUCAAGACAACACCCGUUUUAUCGCAGGACGAAGAUACGUGUCAAGAUUUGAUUACUCUGAUAUCUGCGCUGGUCAUGUUAGGAGAACAAUUAUCCGAAGAGACUAAAACCGAAAUCGAAAGGGAAUUGUAUCAUCUGAGAAGCCCGGAUAUCAUAAUCGAUAACUUGUUGUCGAAGUUGUUGUUGGAACCUGACGAUCCAUUAUCGGAUUUGGACUUCCACACGGAGCUCUAUCACAAACUGCGUAACGUUAAAGAUGUAUCAGGUGCCAUGGCCAUGCUGUUAGAGGCAUUAACGUACGAUCUCGGACAGCCGAGUAAGCUGCAAUUCGAGAACGACCACGAGGCUUCAAAGAUCUUGCUGAAUGUCAAUCAUCUAUUCGGCAGUCAGCUAGGAAUUUCCGCGGUAGCGGAAAUCAUAACGCAGAUAGCGCUUGUGAGAUUCUCCAUUUGCAGAGAUCUGUUGAUCCUGCAACAGAUCAUACUGCUACGUCCGGAGAUAUUCGAUUCACGAUCAUUGCACACUAUAAAAUCAUCAUUGGCACCGAGAACCGUUGUGCUUACCCAAGCUUACUACGUAGUUACGUGGAUAUGUGAAUCAACAGCAACGUAUACUCCUUCGCAAUCGUUACUCGAGUCGAGCUCUCAGCGUCUUUCGAUGCUGAAACUCGCCGAUCCACGAAUUAGCGUUGGGCAAAGGCAACAUCGGUCUCUCUCACUUUUAGAACUGUUCAUUCAUAGCAGCGGUGCGAAACACGCUCAUAUCUUGAUGGCUCAAGCGAACUUGGAUCCAAUGACUUUAAUACCUUGGCACUACAGUAUGCUGACGCACGUGACGCUUAUUGCACAGCUUGUAUGGCCGAUAUCAGGGAAUUUUAUUUUCCCCGAAUGGUUGCUCUCCAGUUGUCAAUUUCUACUAGUCCAAGAAUACGUGAGACUUCUGAACACGUGGUGCGAGUGGAACAGCGCUUCCAGGAGAUUUAUACUAGCGGUUGCUUUACUAGAAAUGGGGGAGAUGCAGAAGGCAUGCGACCAUUUUCUUCGUGCUUCCAAUGGGAUAGUGACUGACAUAUUUUUGGCAGACGCACUGCUCAAUUCCAACGUAACACCAGGAAGUAACGCCUUGAUCCACUAUUACCUGAAAGUUAUCAAAUUGUUCGAGGAGCACAACGCGUCCGACAGUAUUAUAGAGAUCGCCGAGACAGCCAUAGCGACUGCCGACGCGGACGAUCCGAAUUUACCGACUCUCCAUUCCAUAAUAUUUGCCCAACAUUUAAGUCUCGGUCAUCAUACAGAAGCUUAUCAUUGGUUGUACGCAAAUCCAGACGCUGCGCGUAGAGUGGAUUGCCUGCGGCAAUUGGUUGUUACGCUAUUCGAGAAGAAGUUGUUGGUAGACUUAAUCUCCUUCCCCUAUGUCGAUAUGUACGAGGACCUUGAGAGAAUAGUGGAGGGUAGAGCUAGGAGCGUCGAUCUCAUGGAGAAUAAUUAUUAUAACUUCCUCUACAGUUUUCACAUCAAUAAGCAAAAUAUGCGCAAAGCUGCUUCCGUAAUGUACGAACAGGCUAUGCGUUUGAGUCAGGAAACUCACUCUGCACCGAUCAUAACGAAACAAGCUCAGUGUUUGCUGGCGUGUAUUAACGCUCUGCAUCACGUGAGCGAAAAGUACAGAUGGAUCGUAAGACCCGCGAUGGAUCAGAGCUUCUCCGACGAAGCGAAUUCGCCGAACCCACAAAAGAAGAGAAGUAUAGACGGAAAAGAGGUGUUACAUUACAGGAUGAAGAAGCAAGUUGAAGUCCUCGAGUUGGAUGAUAUUAAGAAAGAGUAUUACGUUGUGGACGCGAGAUUGAAGAUAUCGAAAGUGAAUUCAGAAAUACAUAUAGUUGCGCAUACCGAACCGUCAGAACUUAUUGUCACUUUAUGUAGCAUUGGCCUGUAUACGACGGCACUACAUUUAUGCGACGAAUUUAAAAUUAGUAAAACUUCCGUACUUGAGAGUUUAGCUUCCCAAUGUAUUAAAUUAAGCCAGUACGAGGAUCCGAACGCUUGGGACUGGCUAAUACAAAAUGAUAUAUUUGAUAUCGGUAUAUCUAAUACGACUAUCACAAAUACCGCUUGGAGACUGCUGGAAUACUUUACGUUAAAGCAGGAAAAGGAUAAUAACAGUGAACUACACAAGGUUGUUGCACAAAAACUAUUGCAAGAUGGAGCUUUUCUGCCGCAAUGGUUACUAAUUUCAUAUAAGAAACGAAAUGCCUCGGAACUUCUUCGCCUUAUGCUGAGUACUGGCCGAUUAUUGGAAGCAAGCGAUUUAGCAGUAGAUUAUAUUAAUGCGAUACUAGGCAGUGGAAAAGAACAUUUUGGUCUCGAAACACCAUUAGUAGCCACUACAUCACCAACGUGGUUACCACUCAAUACCAUAGAAGUACUUUUAAACGAAUUGGAGUAUUUGAACGAAGAUCCCACGUACACGGAAAGCUACGAGAGAUUAAACGUAACGUUGGAGAAAUAUCUGGAAAUGGUAAAACGCAUCUCGGAAGAUAUGAUUAAAAUCAGAACGAUGAGUGAAAACUGCUAGUAAAUCAGACAAACUCUGUGUAUCUACUGUUUGCGUAUCACCUCUUAACUGGUCUUCUGCGAUAUACAUAUUUGCGUGUCAAUUUAUGUUAUCAGUACAGUGACUGAAACAAUGCCAAUGUCAGUGGAAUUACUUUCAAUUUUAUAUGUCUGCAUUAAAUGUGGAUUUUUUAUUAUGUAAUAAGGAAAACCUAUAUAAUAAUUUUUAAAAUGUCAAGAAAGCAAAUGAUAGAUUAAUGCAUCUGGUUAGAAUUACAGUUUACGGUAAGGAUGCCUUAUUAAAUGUAUGACAUGUAUAGUAAUCUUAAAUUAUUAUCUGCUUUGCAUACCUCAUAUAUUUCAGAAGUUUCUUAACACGUAAAAUUUACUGGCAAAUUCUGUUAUUUGAUAUUGUAAUUUUGCAGCCUUACCUUUUUCUGUAAUCUAAUAACGUUUAUUGUGUUCGAUUCAUUGAAGACUGUUACUGAUUGGAUUAUUCUUGUAAUAGCGUAACAUUAUUACAUGUAUUUAGUAAUAAUAAUUUCUUUCACUUUUGCCAUCCAAGACUCCAACCAAUGAACAAUUUCCGAUGAUACUAUUUUACUGAACGAACAAUAAUGUAAUUAUACUUUUAUAAACUGAUAUUUU